GUUGAAUGCGUUGUUACUGUAAUUUUUAGUGAAGUUCCGCUGUCGUUUUUUUAUCGUUUGUCGUUAGAAUACUGUGCGAACUACAUAUAUGAUGAAUGCUUGGAAGUGUGUGAAUUAUGGCGGAGUGUGUGUCGAAGCCUUGUAAGGACAAGCGUGGUGAACGAAUCACUCUGACUAAAAAGGCGGCGGACAAAAUAAUUCAAUGCAGUGAAAUACGUAAAGAGAAAUCGAACCUCCAGCAAAGAUUCCACGAACCCAGCUCAAGAAAAAUGGAGUUCAGUACAGAAAGUUUUGAACUAUUUGAAAGCAGCCGAGCAGAAGCAAAUAACAGGCACGACAAGUGGGGAGAUGAGGUAAAGAUGAGGCUUUCUCAGGUCAUAGACCUCGUCAGUUCUGAUGAGAGAUACCACUGGCAUUGUUACAAGACAUUUCAAAAGCCAGGAUCACACAGCCUGAAAAAGGAGCAGCAACAACCAAAGGGGGGUCAAGUGCACUUUACAUUAAUUUAAGG